UCACAAUAUUUUCAUCUUUUCUUCGAUAAUAAACUUCCUUUUGUGAUCUCUCUUUUUCCUCUAUAGCUAGGGUUUCUUAGUGUUUUUUGGAUUUUGAGAAUGAUGAGAUCAAGAAGUAGUAGUAGCAGUGGCGGCAGUAGCGGCGGUGGCGGUGGAAGCAGCGGCGUCAGCUGCUACCGUGGCCACUGGCGACCGGCGGAGGACAAUAAACUCCGGCAGCUUGUUGAACAGUUUGGCCCUCAAAACUGGAAUUACAUUGCUGAACACUUUGAGGGCAGAUCUGGAAAAAGUUGUAGAUUGAGAUGGUACAAUCAAUUAGAUCCAAAUAUAAACAAGAACCCAUUUAGUGAAGAAGAAGAAGAGAGACUUCUAAUGUUUCAACAGCUUCAUGGGAACAAAUGGGCAUUGAUAGCAAGACAUUUCAAAGGAAGAACAGACAAUGCAGUAAAGAAUCAUUACCAUGUAAUAAUGGCUAGAAGAAGAAGAGAACGUUUCACAAUAUUCACUAAUCACAACAAAAAUAAUAACACUAUUCGACAUAGCUUACUAUCCUUUUCGAAGACGACCACGGCCGUCAAAUGGACUCCUCUGACAGCUGGGGCUCCGGUGCUGCUCGGAAAUGGUCGUGGAAAGUCGUCUUUGCCAGCCGUAGUGGCGUCGGGAUCCGGUGAGGGUGAGGAUCACAAGAGGAGGAUUCCAUUCAUAGACUUUCUUGGUAUGGGAAGCUCUUAGUUUAGCAAAGUUUGAAAUUCUUUUUUUUUUUUUUCUUUAUGGUGUGUGAGUUUCUUCUUGGUUGUCAAAUGUUUUGAUAUGUUAAGAGAAAUUAUGAAUUGCCAACUAUUGUAAGAGAGAAA